AUGUGUGGAGAAACAAGAUACAACAAAGACAAGAUAUUGCAAGGUCAAGGAGUGGAUGAGCCGCUCUCUGCAACUGGUUUCAGACAAGCAGAUGCUGCUGGUUUAUUUCUCAGUAAUGUGAAGUUUACUCAUGUCUUUUCAAGUGAUCUCCUUCGAGCAAAGCAGACUGCUGCCACAAUUCUAGGAAAAAAUAAGUUUUGCAAAGAUUUGGAAAUCAAGUAUGAUGCAAGACUUCGAGAGAGAAAAUACGGUGUUGCAGAAGGAAGGCCUUUGACUGACCUCAAGGCUAUGGCAAAGACUGCUGGAGAGCAAUGUCCUUCAUUCACGCCUUCUGGAGGAGAAACACUGGAUGAAGUAAGAGAACGUGCAAGGGAUUUUUUUGAAUUUCUGUGUCGGCUAGCUGUUGAAUUGGAACAGAAGGAGCAAGACAUGCAUGGUGCAGCAAGCAGAAGCUCAGGAACAGCUGAAGAACAGUUAGUUUUCCCUUGGACAAACCACUGUAGUGAAGCAGAACUUAGCUCUGGUAGCGGUGGAACUUCUGAAAUAUUAGAUGCCAAUAUAUUAGUGGUGAGUCAUGGAGCCUACAUGAGGAACUGGAUCGGUUAUUUUGUUUCAGAUCUCAACUGUACUUUACCAACAAAUUUAACAAAGUCUCAGUUGUCUUCUGUCAGUCCCAAUACAGGAGUUAGUCACUUCAUUAUAAAACUUGAAAAUGGAAAUUUGUUAAAACCUGAAAUCACAUGUGUUUGUCUUAAUCAAGACUCUCACUUAGUGGAUGUGGGAGCUGAAUGUGUAGCUCCAAAAGUGUUUUAAGAGUCUUUGUAGGGGGAAGUGGUUUUAGGUCACCAUUAUACUAAGCUUGGGAAAGGUAUCUGUAGUAAUUACUGAGAUUGACUGGAGUUAUUGACACUAAACUGCAAAACUGAAGACAGGCAACUGCUUACCAUCUUAAAAUAACACAAUUUGCAUGGUCCUAGUGCCCGAUAUAAGUUGGCACUAGAG